UGAGAGUUAAAUCAUGUAAAUAUGACAAGCGUGGUAGCUAGUAAAUAGCUGGCUUGAAAAACAACUUUACAUCACUAGUUUUUAGUUUUCAAAACGCUGGGAUAAGCCAUGCGUGUCACUGCGGGUUUAUAAGUUAUAUGUCGCUGGUUAGUAAAGAUAGUUUUUAGGUGUAAUGUAUUACCUAUAUAAUGGGAUAAAAUGAGAAUUUGUUUGUUGUGCACAUUCCAGCUGUGAACUUGAAUCAAUUGGAUGCACCAAAGAACUCUGCCAGCAAGGGGUAUUUGAUGAUUCUCGAUAGCGGAAAUCAGUGAAAUAGAUGUGAUGUGAAUGCGAAAUUAUAUUUAUGUUGUAAAAUCAUCUGUUUUGCACGUUCUAUUAUAAGCAUUAAUGCACGGUGUUCUAGAUUAUUCAAGAAAUCAACGAACAGUGGAAAAAGAUCAGCUUUCUUUUAGUAGAUCUAUAAAGAGAAAGAAACUGUGGAUAUCGAGUGACGCGGACCGAAAGUACGGAUCUGAUAACAGACGUUUAGGCGCAUGUUCUCUGAUAAAACAUGUGAUAUCGAUUUCGAAUAGAGACUUUUAAGAAGAUAAGAUUAUCGUUUUCACCGGAUAGACUUCUUCACCGCCUGGCUGUACAUUUCUGACAUUUCUCACGCUGUAAUCCUCUACCGGCCGUGCAAUGGAAACGCCGUCGGACAACGGCCGCGACUAUCAGGCCCUCCGGAAAAAGCUUCUGGCUUCCCGUUCACUUUUCGUGGAUCCCGAGUUCCCACCGGAUGUGAAGUCCCUGAAUCCGACCGGAAAACUCUCCCGUCAGUUGAGUCAGAUCGGCCGAGUGGAGUGGAAGCGGGCUACGCAAAUUACACAGUUCCCAAAGUUCAUCUCGGCCACGGCUUCGCGAUCUGACCUUGACCAGGGGUCACUUGGGAAUUGCUGGUUCGUAGCCGCAGCCUCACUCCUGGUCAACGGUCCCAAACAGCACUUCGAGCGCGUCGUGCCGCCCGACCAAGGCUUCGACAAAGACUAUGCCGGUAUAUUCCACUUCAAGUUCUGGUGGUAUGGCCAUUGGAAAGAGGUGAUUAUCGACGACUAUCUGCCGACGGACGGCCGCCGGCUGCUGUUCACGUUCAACGUCGAGGAACCCGACGAGCUGUGGGGAGCACUUCUCGAGAAGGCAUAUGCAAAAUUGCGUGGCAGCUACGAGGCCCUAGAGGGCGGGAAGCUCACGGACGCCAUGGUCGACCUGACGGGGGGAAUCGCAGAGACGAUCUUCCUUGGCAAAGAUUACGAAAUCCCUAAGAACCUUUACGAGCUUCUCUGGAAAUCCUCUCAGAUGCACUCUCUCAUUGGGGGCAGCAUUUACUUACCGGAAGGUUCCUCGCAUCCGGAGGAGCGCAGAAGUAACGGACUUUACAUGGGCCACGCAUAUAGUAUCACCGCGCUAUCAGAGGUUCCACUGAACGGUCGGAAGUACCGUCUGCUGCGAAUAAGGAACCCGUGGGGCCGUAAGGAGUGGAACGGAGCUUGGUCGGACACAUCUCCAGAAAUAAGAAAGCUCCCCAGGGAAUUGAAAGUAAAGCUGAAUAUAACAGUGGAUGACGACGGGGAAUUCUGGAUGUCAUACGAGGACUUCAUCGCCAACUUCGACGAGUGUCAGAUGUGCCAUCUGCAGCCAGACGGGGUCAACCAAGAGCUUUCGAAUCUCACGAACAAGAAGAACUGGAGUGUGACGAUGUACCACGACGCCUGGCUCAAGGGGGUCACUGCAGGGGGGUGCGGGAACCCGCCCAAUCAGGACCUGUACUGGCGGAACCCCCAGUUCCAAGUUCACCUAGCGGAAACGGAUGCGACGGACGGCCACAAGCUGUGCACCAUGAUGGUUUCGCUGAUGGAGAAGGAGCGACCGGAUGUGGAGAGCAAGGUCGCCGUCGGCUUCGAUGUGUACCAGGUUGACAGUCGACAAAGGCGCCCGCUAGACGGCAAGUCCUUACCCCGGUCGGCUCUGAUACACCGAGAGGGAACCGGCACCUACCAGCACUAUCGGGAAGUCGCGCGCAGGUUUCAGCUGGCUCCCGGAUAUUACGUCAUCAUUCCUAGCACAUUCAAUCCUCAUCAGGAAGCGGACUUCCUGUUAAGAGUUUAUACGGAGAAGGAAGUCGAAUCCGAAGUCAUGGACGAACACGGUAGUCCUACGCCCCCGUCACGUCCCAUCGGCGAUCCGCUAGAGGCACUAUACCGAAAACAUGCAGGGGAAGACGGUAGAAUGGACUUUCGGGAGUUGGAGACAUUUCUUAUGGAUGCUUCACUUACAGUUCUAGAAGAUAAGAUCAGCUUCGGUAAGGAAGCGUGUCGCAGUCUUCUUUCACUAAUGGACAGGAACCAUUCCGGCUACGUAACCUUCAGCGAGGCCAAGGACAUUGUGAGGCAGAUCAAAGCAUACACGACUGUGUUUCGACAAUUUGACGUAAACCGGUCUAAUAAUGCAGACGCCAUCGAAUUAGAAACGAUGUUUCGAAGGCUCGGCUUUCCGGUGAGUCGAACCGUUUUGGCUUCCAUAGUACGGCGUUAUGGGGGCAGGGACGCAAAGAUCGAGUUGGAGGACUUUAUUGUGGUCAUGUGUAAACUCGUCGUCAUGUACGAUAUUUUCAAGGAAAAACACUUGAAAACUGGAGGUCAAACAGAUGUAGCACAUUUCUCCAGAAAUGAGUUCCUGCAGUACACAUUCUGCUAGCCUCUUCGACGAAGGAACAGUGAUAAAUACGAAUCCAGCCAUAAUACUCACGUCACUGAUAGUACUUUAGGACGACACAUUUAUAAAAUAUGACAUCGAGUGCUAAGCUUUAUGACGACAUAUAAUAUAAAGUGAUUUAAAAAUUAAGGACAUAACAGGCUGUACUACAUGGCGUUACGUUAUUUACCCUUCGACGCCAGAUUCAAAAUAAGAAUAAAUCUCAUCCAUCUAGUUAUAUUAUUAUUAUUAUUGUUAUAGCUAUUAUUGUAUUUAAAAAAAAGUUAUAUUUAGAUUAUUAAGCAUCUCAAAUUGUGUUCAUGCUCUGAAGAAAGAUGGCAAUUAAAUAAAUAUAUUUGAAU